UAUCUUGAGCCGAAUUUGUAAUCCCAACCGAAGCUCCGCCUAUACCACCUAAUCCUUUCUCCUUCGUCGCCGGCGUGCGAUGGCGACCGAGACCGAGACCUCGGAUUGGGAUCUGCGACAUCGACCACCAAUCAGGUCAGACGCAAACAGCAAGCUCGGGGCCGAUCUUCUCCUCGAGAUUCUGAUUCGCCUCCCCAAUCCCAGAUCCGCCUGCCGCUGCAAACUCGUCUGCCGGAUGUGGAGGUCCGUCAUCUCCGAUGCCUCCUUCAAUCGCCGUUACGUUUCUCACCACCAGACCACGAGCCCCAGCAAUCUCAAAUCGAUGAUCCUCGGAUUUCUCCCCCCCCCCCCAUGGCUAAAGGAGCUCGGACCGCUCUGAAAGUCUUGGAUUCCAACAGAGGCUUGGUUUUAUGCGGGUUCUGGGGUGGUCAAUUUAUAAACACCGACGAUGUAUUGAGCUGCUCCUACUUGCUCUGCAAUCCGUUUACGAAUCAGUGGGCUGCUCUCCCUUUGGCGCCGAAGAAGUCAGGGAUAUAUUCUGCUCCGGCGGCAAGGUCGACCCAAUUCUAUCUAUCAAACUGGAUGUGUUUUGUUCCGAGUCUGGGGAAUGGAUCAAGGAUGCUGUUGUCCACGAUGAUCAUGUCAGAUCCAAAGGUGGUUUAGUUUCAUGGAAUGGGGAGUUGCUUUGGGUGUAUCGACAUUACCUUAGCCCUGACUUUGGUCUUCGACCCUUGGUGGCGGUGUUUGAUCCUUUCCGCCUCGACGUGCCUCCCACUUCCAUUGAUGUUCCGUCUUCAGGGAAGCUUGCCGUCUCUCAAGAUGCUUUGCACGCAAUUGUACAAGACAAAAGAAAAGGUCGUCCUGAU